UCUCCUCUCGCUUGAAUACUCUGAAUUGCUCAGACUAAAUUGUCAGUAUCUACCAAAUGGCGAAAAGUGAUCCUGAUGAAAAGAUUCUCAGCUACCAAGAUGUGGUACUAAGGCGAUCAGACUUGGAUAUUCUCAGUGGCCCAUAUUUUCUCAAUGAUCGAAUUAUCGAGUUCUAUUUCAGUUAUCUUUCAUCAGGCUCUGGGGAGAUUUUACUCGUUCCGCCUUCAAUUACAUUCUGGAUAAUGAACUGCCCAGCUGAGAGCUUAAAAGACUUUCUGGACCCUCUUGAUUUUCCCAAUAAGAAACUGGUAAUCUUUCCUGUCAAUGACAAUGAUGAUGUGAGUGAAGCUGAAGGUGGAUUUCAUUGGAGCCUACUUGCAUUUGAGAGAAGUAUCAACACAUUUGUUCAUCAUGAUAGCAGUCUAGGGGGAUGGAAUAAACGUCCCGCCAAACGACUUUAUAAUGCUGUUAAGAAUUUCAUGGGUGACUCCAGUUCAGCAACUGAUCCCGUGUAUAAAGAGUGUACUGAUUCACCAAACCAAGUAAAUGGUUAUGAUUGUGGCAUGUAUGUAUUGGCCAUUACAAGGAUAUUAUGCAGCUGGUAUGGAAGUAAAGACGAAGAUGGAGAUAAUCUGUGGUUCUCUGCUGUGAAGGAACAGGUCACUCCAUCGGCUGUUUCUGCAAUGCGAGGUGAGAUCCUGGAUUUGAUCAGAGGUUUGAUGCCCAAUACGUGAGCAUAUAGUUGGCUUUCUUUAAAUCUGAAACUUGAAAUAUAGUUAGCAGAUAGGUCACUCAUUACAAGACUAUUGUAGUCUUAUCGACCCACAUAUCUACU